AUGCUGGACCAUUCGGACGAUCAGCCAGCCGUCACGGCCGAGGAUCAGCGACUGAUCAAUAAGUUUGCCCGUCUCCACCAGAAUUUCGCGCAACUAAGGGAGGAGAUGGCUGCCCUUCGAACUGACAUUGAGAACAUUAACGAAGCUGUUGAUGAAAUAUUGCUAUUUGGUGAUGAUGAGGGUCAAGCAAUUCCGUACCGUAUCGGCCAGACGUUCGUCCAUUCCGACUCGGAUACUCUCAACGAACAGCUCGAGAAGGACAAGGUUAAAUCCGCAGCCGAUUUGGAGACAAAAGAGUCGAAGUCAAGUGAACUCAGCGAGCAGAUGAGCCAACUAAAAGCAAAUCUCUACGAAAAAUUCGGCGAUCACAUUAAUUUGGAGACCGAAAAGGAU